CUACAUGGAUUUUUAUUCACCGUUACAAAGCGAAGAUGAAUGGCCGCCGUUGGAUUUACAUUGGGUGAAAACAGCAAGGUGUGGGCUCGGGCGGGGACCUUUAUUGCCGGAUUUAUGCUGCUUUUCCUGGGAAGAUAUACGCGUGGUCUUCUCUUUAGGAAUAUUACUGUGGUUUCUUCAAGAUGAGAGACCGACUGGGAUCGUUCAAAAGGGGGGAUGAUGAUGAUGUUGGGCCAGAUGAUGUGUCCGUCAACGUUGACAGCGAGAAGUACAUGGACGAGUUCUUUGAUCAGGUGGAAGAAAUUCGCAAUAACAUAGACAAGAUUGCCGACAAUGUGGAAGAGGUCAAGAAGAAACACAGUGACAUUCUCUCAGCUCCACAACCUGAUGAGAAGGUGAAGGAGGAACUGGAACAACUAAUGGCAGACAUCAAGAAGACAGCAAACAGAGUCAGGGGAAAGUUAAAGGUUAUGGAGCAGAGCAUUGAGCAAGAAGAAAGCUCCAAGAUGAACGCAGCGGACGUGAGGAUAAGAAAGACCCAGCACUCGACGCUUUCCAGGAAGUUUGUGGAGGUUAUGACAGAUUACAACAACACGCAAACGGACUACAGAGAGAGGUGUAAGGGGCGUAUCCAGAGACAACUAGAGAUUACUACUGGGAAGUCCACCACCGAUGAAGAGUUGGAAGAUAUGUUGGAGAGCGGCAACCCAGCCAUAUUUACAUCUGGUAUUAUUAUGGACACACAACAGGCCAAACAGACCCUGCGGGAUAUAGAAGCACGCCACAACGAUAUUAUCAAAUUGGAGAACAGCAUCCGAGAACUACACGACAUGUUCAUGGACAUGGCCAUGCUGGUGGAAAGUCAGGGAGAAAUGAUCGACAGGAUUGAGUACAACGUAGAACAAUCAGUGGACUAUGUAGAAACAGCCAAGAUGGACACCAAGAAAGCUGUCAAGUAUCAGAGUAAAGCUAGGCGGAAAAAGAUCUGUAUCAUGGUGUGCUGCGGGGUCCUGCUGACGGUGAUAGUCAUAGUCAUUAUCUCCUCGGUGGCUCCAUCGUGAUAUCACUUCCUACCACACGAGGGCGCACUUCUCCAUCUAACCACCUCUUCUAAACCAAAAUUAAUCUAUCUUGUCUGGGCCAAGUUGUCACCUUCACCAUUCCAUUCAGCUGUUCACACCGUCGCUGUGUGUUCAGGACGGCAUGGAGGGAACAAUCCGACCAAAACAAACGGUUGUGUAUUUUCCUCCUGUGGUGGUUGCCGCAAAGUCUUUAGAAUGAGAUUCUUAGAACUGGUAUAGAUGUGUAUUUUGAGGAUGACACGAACUUUACAGAGAAAAACAAAAAUCAGGCUUGCAAUAUUGAGGUGCAGUACAGUUAACAAACGAAAGGGAUAUAGAAAGAAUAACUCUGACAUUAGUAGAUAUUGUGUAAAAAUAAAAAUGUAAUCUCUGACACUAUAUGUCAGUUUCCAGUUGACCUUUUCAAUACAUAGACUGGUAUGUAAAACUGUGAAUACAUAGACUCUUGAAUUUUUUUAAGGUUAGAGGCGACGGGAAGGAGUGUUUUAGGCUGUUGUGCAGGGAAAAGGCUGUUGGGAUUUUGCUUGUGGAUGCGGAAAGUGGACUUUAGAUGCAUUCCACUGUAAUGUGUAUCUGAACUAUUUACGUUAGAUGUUCUGGGCGUCUACCUUGUUUUGUUUGUUGUUUUUUUAGGGGGGAGGGGGCAAUAUCCACAUACUACGCCAACAUUUAAUACUGAAUAUAUCUUGAUGUUUUGUCAGAUUUAAACCAACUUAUCCACACUUUUGUAUAUUGAACAAAAAAUGGCAAAUAAAAAUUGAGGGUGCCCAGCCUUUAAGCAUUAGAGGAAUUAGUGUUUAAAUCGAUUUCGUCUCCAUUUAUUUUGUAACUUUCCAAGUACGUGUAAAUGGGACAUUUUUCGCAAUGGCAAAUACGUACAUAGAGGAUAUGCAUGGCCACUUUUGCUGGAUGCAUUCUGGAGUGCCCCGUAAAACAAGGCAGAAUUAUUGAAGGAAAAUAUACAAAGGCUGCUUUAAAAAAAGAGAAAAUAUGUAAAGUCAAACUACGGUAUUUAGAAAUACAAACUAGACUACAUUAUGAAUAUUUAAAAAAUUAUAUAAGGAAAUAGCUAUACAUACAUGUAUAUUCAUUGAAUAUCAUUCUCUGUGUGUGAGGCUCCCAAUUUGUAGCGUUUUUCUCGUCGAUUCUUUCAGGAUUUUAAGAAGAAAUUGUGGUCUGUGGUUAUAGAUUUUGCUUUAGUUCCAGGUUUGGUUAGAUGUCAGAUAUUUAUUGACUCCUGUGGGUUUUUUUUAAUGGUACAAAGUUGCUUUGAAAUUUUUUACAUAAAUAUAUAUAUAUUCGCAUAAUUUUUAAUGUUUGAUUCUCUGCUAUAUUAGAGAAUUGCUUGUAUUUUGUCCAUUUAUUUGGCUUUUAGUUCUGUAUGACUAGUAGAUAGUUUCAACAGUUUAAGUCAAAGUGGAUUUUGAAAUAAGUAUAGGCAUAAAUACAUUUGGAGAAAAAAAAAGUAAAAGUAGCAAGAAAUUGACGAACAUUCCGUGUUUGUUAAUGUAACUUACACAUUAUAAGUGUAAUCUAAUUAACUUUGUAGUCAAGUUAAAGACAUUGUAAAUUUUACUCUUUAGCCGAAAACGUGUACUCUCGUGUAGAAAAGAGACUUAAACAUUUAUUGUCAUUUUAUGCAAUUUGGGGCAAAGUUUUUGGUCCCCAUUAAAAAAAAAAACUGAGCGUAAAUGUCAUGUUAAAAGCAAGAGGUGACUGUAUUUAUGAGAUAAGGAUAUGUCCUAAGGAUGUGAUGUGUGCAUGUACCAACCACAUUUUUUUUUAUUGGCUGCUUAGGUAGAAUGGAACAAGUGUAAGCAGUUUUGAACAGUUUCACUCAGCGGGAUCGAGUGCACUUUCUUGAAAUUCCCUGAGUUCAGGAGUUAGCUCCGAUUUGAUGUCUGUGCUCAUCAUGAAGCAACAGACAGUUUUACACAAUCGAAGAUCAAAUAUGGAUUUGAAAGAAAGAAAGUUCAAACUCCCUGUAUGACUCUAACUUUUUUCUUAAAUGUAUCUUAUUUUUACUUUUAUGAUUGGCUUGAAUGAAAAAAGUAUUACGCCAGCUCCUUGGCAGAUUUGAUAUUUGAAGUUAUCAAAUGUACCACAGAUCAAAGAUUGACAAAUUUGGAGACUGCCAACUAUGGAGCUCGAUAGCUCAGUUGGUAGAGCACAUGUACUGUUUUCAAGCGGUCUCCUGUUCUAUUUUCCACUCGAGUUUCAUUCCCAGUGGGUGAACAUACAUACAGUGACCCUUCUUUAUUACCCAAUAUUUCUGCCUUCCCACAACUUUCUUAAAAAUUACAUUGAGAAUAUUGGGUAAUUGUUAUUGUACCAAAUCAAUAACCAUUAGGGCAUAAUUAAAAUUGAAAACAAAUGUCUGUUGUCAUAUUUUCAUAUGAAUAAGCGAGUACGGUAUCCAACUGUUCAUGUGCACAUCAAGAUUUGCCAAUUUUUCUUUCAGGAUGAAAGUUCCAUCUAUGCGUGCAAAAGCAUAGCUGGGUACCAGCAAAGUUGAAGAGAUCAUCGUGUUCUGAAGUAACAUUUUUGCAACAAAAACAAUCGUUUGGACAGUGAAGUGUUUUCAUGUGUCUUGUGUGUCCAAACUUUUAUGCAAACAAAAAGUUCUACUCUUCUCAAUUGCACAAAAAAUUUCACAGAAUGUACAUUUGGUUACCACGUCCCCCAUAGCCUUGUUUGCAUUUAUCUGCAGCGGAUAUCCCGAAAGAAAAUCGUCGAAUCUUGCUGUGCACCAGACUAUUUUGGAAUACCGAACUGGCGUAUUGUACCUGACUUAUGGCAAAGCUAAGUGAGCCCAUUCCCCUGAAGGUGUGCAAAACCAGUGGACUAUAUCACAAUACAUGUACAGACAACAAUUGUUUUGGUAUUCCAUAGUUCUCAAUAGCCCCUAGGAGAUGUACUGUACCCUGUUUACAUGGGGCAAGUACUCCACUCAGUCCACUCAGGGGACAUAUAUUUAUAUAUCAUAGGAACAGUUCUGAACUAAUGAAGUGUCACAAUCCGAUACCAUAGUAUAAAAAAACACACCAUUUGAAAUGGAUGUUUUGAAACAUAAGUUUCCCUCGUCAAAAAAAACACCAAAGUUGGAACACCUGAGAUAAGAUUUCAAGAAUGCACAGGUCUACUGACUUUUACACAAUUACUUACUUGAAGUAGGAAGGGUAACUACCGCACCCUAACCCUAACCCUAACUGGUACUGCCUAAUGGCAAUAAGUGUUUCUUUGGGCAAAAUCAUGGGCAAAAGCAACGCUGUUCCAUUAACUUCCAUAGAAGAGACAUACAUGUAGUUAAGGCCGGAACUUGAAACUUGUCAAGUGUAUCGUUCAUCAGUGAAAAUUGGGGCAGUUUCGUUGCCACGCUGUGGCCAUAACUCAUUCAUUCAAUCAAUUGUCUGAUGUUCAACACUCAAGGAGGUAAAAACCCAAAAAAAAAAAAGGAGAUAUUUUACAGUGUUACAGAAAGGUUACAGUAAUUAAUGCCGGGUCAUACUUGGAAUCAUCCAGACUUGAAACUUGUCAAGUGUAUCGUUCAUCAGUGAGAAUUGGGGCAGUUUCCUUGCCACGCUGUGGCCACAACUCAUUCAUUCAAUCACAUGUUGGAUGUUCACUCAAUUAGUCCUCUUCAUUUUGGUUGGAAGGAAAGCAGGCAAAAAAAAAGAAGGGAAAAACCAAAAAAAGAAAAAGAUAUUUUAUAAUGUUAGGAAAAGGUUACCGUAAUCCAUUCAUUCCAGAUACCAUUUGAAUUUUUUUUUUUAAUGAGAUUUCUAUCCCAGUAUGGUUGCAUGAAGAGUGAUUGAAGACAUAAAAAUAACUGUACAUAUUAUAAGCGUUUAUUGUCAAUACAACUCUGUAAUCAUUGAUAUUUAUAUAUAUACAUUCAACCUUUUUACAUACUAGGUGUCAGCGCCAUUAAGUUUGAAAUUUUUCAGCUGUAGUUUUAAUCUGAUUCAUUAUAGGCUCAAGUGUAACAGUGUUUGAGAUGUUGAGGUACAAUGUGUAAAAAACAGUUGUAACAAAGAACAAAGUUCCAAUAGUUCCUUCACUUUUUUGUCUUAGAAUUUCUCCCAAGUUUGUUGGUCGCAUGAAAUGAUAAAAUAUCAGGUAGGAAUUACUAAAAGACACUUUUCCAAUGGAGGUAUUGUGAAUGCUUAAAUUGUAAGUGUUUUCAUUGCCUGUCCUCCCUUAAAACAUUCUUGUCAUUUUUGUUGUCUAAAUCUGGACAACGGAGGGGGCUGUUUAAUUUUUAUCAUCAGCGACCAGUCCCCUCUAGAAAAAAAUUUAAAUAAAAAUCAGAAAAAGAAAAGGUUUAAUGAUAAACUUUAAAACUCUGGUUUUGAUCAACAAAUCAGAGUUUUAGAAUUGAAAACCGAAUCUUAGAAAAUUUUUGGAUAUUUUUUUAUUUUUUAUCUCCGACAAAAAUAGAAAAACUGUGAACUGUUUGUUCUGUUGACAAUUCAUUAACAUUCUUCCCGAUUCCAAACUGUUUUGUUAAAAACAAUACUUUCCUUUGUCAAAAAGUG